CGGCCCCCACCCCCGGCCAGGUCGGGCGAAAGCGAAAGCGGCUCCGGGCGGGGGCGGGUCCGGGCGCAGGAGGCCCCGGCCAGGUCGGUCGCUGCGCCGCGGAGCCGCCCGGCAGCACCAUGGAGCGGCGGGGGGAGGAGGUGGAGCUGGAGAAGAGCGUGCGGCGGCUGCGGGAGAAGUUCUAUGGGCGGGUGAGCGUGGAGGAGGCCGUGCUGCUCAUGCGUCGCUACCACAACAACCACGCCAUGGUCUGCAAGGUCAUCGUGCUGUGCCGGGAGCAGCUGGGCGACGUGGACCCCGAGGAGCGCCGGACUCUGGAGCACGACCCUGUGGUGAAGAAAGUAGUGGAGAAACUGAAGCAAGAAGAGGAGCAACAGAAACAGAAACCCAGCCUCGACUGUGAGAGCGACAAGGACAUCGAGGCCAUAGCCCAGCAGCUGAAGGUGCUGCCCCUGACGGAGCGGAACCUGCGCAUGUUCGACCACGCCAGACGCAACCUCAUCCCCUCGGCCGAGCGCCAGUUCGCCUGCCAGGCCUGCGACAGCGCCUGGUGGCGCCGUGUGCCCGAGAGAAAGCAGGUGUCCCGGUGCCGGCUGUGUGGGAAGCGCUACGACCCGGUGCCCUACGACAAGAUGUGGGGCACAGCCGAGUUCCACUGCCCCUCCUGCAACCGCAGCUUCAGGGGCUCAGCGCAGAUGGGUAUGGCCUCUCCCUGCUUCAUCUGCAGCACCCGCGUGCUGCCCGACCGCAUCCUCUCACCGCACCAGGUUGCCGGGGCCCGGAGCCGCAACCCCCACUCUUGCUACGCUGAGGACUGCUACAACCGCCGAGAGCCCCAUGUGCCCGGCACCCACUGCGUCCACCCCCGCAGCCGCGCCAAGAACAGGCUCCCCAAGGUGCUGUUUGCCAGCCUGGAGCACCAGAGCACCGGCUCCACCGUGGCCACCUGCCUGAGCCAGGGCAGCCUGGCGCAGUGCGACCUGGACGAGCUCCUCCUGGAAGACCUGGCGGAAGAGAGCGAGGGCUCCGAGGACUAGCGCCCUGCUGGCCCUGGGCCCCUCCGCCCCAGGGCUCUGUUUGCACUUUAUCCUUCUCUCGGCUUUUCUCGCCCGGCCAGGCCAACCCCGCUCCUCGGAGCAGGUGGGGGCCCUCUCUGGGGCGGGGCGGGGGCCUGUCUCUGCCCAGCCCUGGGGGAAGCUGCACGCCGGCCUGGUGCUGCCGGGGCCCGCGGGCGCAGGGCCUGGCACUGGAUCUUUUCCUCUCUGUGUAACUCUUACAGAACCAGGGUCUGGAGUGCCCCGGGGUCCCCUCCCCGAUCCCGGGAGUGAGGGCCUGGAUUUCGGCUGAUUGCCGGCUCCCUUGUAGCUCUGUAUUUUCAACGAGCUGCUGCUGGCCCUGGCCCUGGGCGUGCAGCAUUGACCAAAGCCGAGCGGCUGGACGGGGGUAGGCCGGCUGCCCCUGGGACCAAGCAGGGCGGGCGCAAGGGACAAGUCUCCCUGUGGCCCUGCCAAAGACGCUGCCCUCGUCCCUUUCCGCAGCAGGCUCGGCUGUGCCAGCCUGUCUGUCCUGUGUCUGUCUGCUCCGGGCACGAGUCAGCUUUAACCCUAAGUGCCCAUCCUCCCCUGCCGCCCCGCGUGGGGGUUUCUGGGAGACGCCCGUCACCGUGGUUACAGUUUCUUAGCUGCCUUUUUAUAAACUGAAUAAAGAAUGUUUGGCACA